AAAGACACAAACCAGUCAUAGAAUCUGCCCAAUUUGCGCCCAGAGAUUCUAUUACCCAAUCUAAAUUUCCCAAACAUCUAUUGCAAGGGACCUGUCAAAGUAGCAAACAAGUAGCGAAAGCAGGUAAAACGAUGAAUUCCGCAACAAAAGUCGGGGAGAUUUUCACAGCAGCCGGCACGGCUUUCAAUCGUCUGGGCGAGCUAACAAUGCAGUUACAUCCAACUGCUGAUUCGCCGGCCGGGAGCAAGUGGACAGAUGAAGAAAUCGAAAUGCUGCACGCUUCGAUAAAUCGUUUUGCGGAAGAUCUCAAUAAAAUUAGUUUACGUAUUAAGAGCCGAACAGUAUCUCAGAUCCGUCAAACACUGAAGAAGAAGGCAUUCGAAGACGCUGGCAUCCCGGUGAAACAAGUUCCCAUGCAGCAGCAGCAACAGGCGGUCGUGCAGGCGAUCCAACAGCAGCCCCAGCAGGGCACGAUCGUCCAACACGUAGUCAAAUCAGAUGCGGUUGAGUCCACCCGGGGCUAGUGAUUGGCACAAAAAAAUGCCGAGGUGAUGAUGACUCUUAAUCGCCUGAAUACGCAGGAAACCGAAGUUGAUGUAGAGGGUCUGCCCUCGGACGUGAAACUCGACUUCAACACGGGGACCGAGGAGGAGGUGGCUGGAUGAAAUUCGGCCGAAGACUUCUACUUUUGAGGGAAGCAGCGGCAAAAUCAAUUGAACAUAAAUCAGGGAUGCAAAUGUGGGAGGAAAAAUUGUAAAAUUUGUAUAAAGUUUUAAUAAAAGUAGGUUUUAUUUGUUUGUGUGGUAAA